AUGGCCGCACAUUUGAGUUCGAAAAAUUUUCUGACUCGCUUCCAAGUGCAUUCCGAGGCCAACCCGUCAAUCCUCAUAGGAUCGUCGAGGUUGUACAUCUGCUGUCUGAGCCUCGUACGCACCAUCCUUGAUACAACUGGUCGACCGGUCCUUGCCCGACGUUCAAGUCCCCAAAUGCCAAAUGAAGCCCCACCAAACUGGCGCUUAUACUUACCAUUCUUGGCCAUCCACCCGAUGCCAAAUCUCUCCCCCACACCUCUGCAGUCCCCUGGCAUGCGGGGAACCAGAAAUCCCACUGAAACCUCGGCUACGGCACGAGGCCGAGACCGCAUUUUCCCGUCGCUUCAGCUUUCCCAGGUCGUCCGAGUCCACCUGCUUGAAUCCUCAACCCGACUUACACUGACUAACCGCGCAAAGUCGCAACAUAGCAUGGCACCGCCGGCGAAGAGGGUCCGGACGGGAUGUUUGAAGUGCCGGGUUCGCCGGCGGAAAUGCGAUGAGAGCAAACCACGCUGUCAACGCUGCAUAGCCGGUGGCUUCGAAUGCCAGUACGGCACCCGGUUGUCCUUUUUACAAAAGAAUGCCUUCACGGUGGAGAUGCCCGAGUCGCCUGCCCGGGAGUCGGUGUCUAGUUCGGGAUAUCGAAAAGUACAAUUCGUCGAUGAAGUUCCUGUUAUUUCACCGCUACAGGGAGUCCCCACCGGAGGAGCCCCCACCGGAGAGCCUUCGCAUCAGGGCCAUGCGAAAAAGCCCACGCCGUCGCAAGGUGAUAGUUCUGUGGAAUACAACGCGGCCCUUGGUGAUGGCGCUUCAAGCCAUGCAUAUACAGAAACGCUCCAACACGCUGAAGUCAACCAAGGUCUGAGGCCGAAUACCCCUGGAGAACGCCAACCCGCAACGCCGGCUGGCGGAUGGCCACCACACAUUCUUGGGCACCCAAGCGAGCCAGCCCGGGAUCAGAUUGCGCUCGAUGUGCUCAUGUCGCUCGGAAACGAACAUGCUGCAGUCUUCAUAGAUAGGAAUGCUCAACGGAAACCACGAGAAAGCAUUCCGGAUAACGACCCCAGCCAUCCAGAAUUUGUUAACGAAGAUGGAGAAAUACGCCAUGAGGAACAGACGACACAGACCUUGGAAGAACCAGUUGAAAAAAUGUCAACGGAGGAAGAAAUAUCCGACGAAGCAAGCUUUGCGUUAUUUAAACAUUAUCGGUAUGAGGUGGCACCUUGGCUUGAUAUCUGCGACCUUGAGCAAUCCUUUGGAGUAUCAGUGUCUUGUGGUGCUACUGAGUCGAAGCCUAUGUACCAUGCUUUGCUGCGCUUAGCAGCGUCGUCGCUCCAGGCAUCUCCAAGAACGAAUAAUAUGUCCGUGUUGGUAAAUGCGGCUCGGUCCGAACAGUGUACCAAAAUUCGCCCAAACAACGCGGAAGAAGCUCUCAUUUGCGCUAGCCUUGAGAGGGCACGACAGCAGUUCAGUGGUGUCGAAACAUCAAGCGAGUGCCGCGAAUACCUCGAGGCGCUUGAUCUCGUGAAUGAGGUUCAUAUAGCAAGAAUUUCUUCGCCCCUGGCGACAGCCGCCGAUCUCCUUCUGUUGAGAAUAGAUCUGGGCGAUGCUCUAAUCCGCGAAACGCCACUACCAAGGGCGCCGCGACCGCCUGAAGAUUUCACCAUGCCAUGGCAUCGCUCUCAGCAUGCCUGCACGGUUUUGCGCUGUGCCUAUAUGCCACUGGCGUUAUGCGUCCGUGCGAUCAACUUUUGCUGGGGCGAAGCUGCAUAUCGCCAGGGUUCGGAUGGGGAUGUGAUCAGCACAUGGACAUCACUGGUGGAGGAGCUGAAUUCGUGGUAUAGCGGACGACCGCAGGAGUUCAUGUCCAUGGCUGAAUUCGACGAUGCCGACGAUGGAUUUCCCAGUAUUCUGUUUACGAGUGGAGCAGGGGUCUUUGGAAACCAGCUAUACCAUACUGCGAUGUUUCUUCUCCUUCGGCACAAACCGCGAACAGCUGCGAUACCGCGUCGAAACCGAUCUUUCACCAUGUCGCCCUUGUGGCACGCGAGGCGUAUUUGCGGCAUAGCCCUGAAUAAUGAUGCCCGAGAGUGCUGGGACACAAGCCUCGUGGCUUCGCUUGUUGUCGCGUCCAAGGUCAUGACCCAUGAAGCGCAACACAGCGCUGUUUUGUCAGGACUUGAUAGGAUCGGGAGAUUGACAGGAUUCGACGUCAGUACAGCCAGGAUUCUCCUUCACGCCGAAUGGGGCAUUUGA